GUCACUUUUAGUCACUGAGUUCUCUGAGUUAUUAAAGUUAACGUCAGUCAGAGCAGAAUGGAAAUGAUGGAGGAUAUUUAUGCAAAUUCAGGAUUUACUGAAGACAACAGAAGAAAUUCAGACAGUAGUGGACAGUCAUAUGAAGACAUUUAUGCCAAUGAGGACAACAUAGUAACAAAUAAGACCAGCAACAAAAGGAACUCUGGUACAGAAACUGCGGAGGACAUUCACAUUAAAAAUGCUGAGGAAGGCGACAAAACCUCUCACUCACAUACAGCGGAUCCUCAGCACAGAGGAUUCUACAGACUGGCUGUAGUCUGUCUGGGGCUGCUGUGUGUUCUCCUGCUGACUGGUAUCUUAGUGCUGUGGGUCAAGUUCACUGCACAAAGAGACACAGUUACACAGUUACAGACCAGUUACACCAACCUAACUGCAGAGAGAGACCAGCUACAGACCAGUUACACCAACCUGACUGCAGAGAGAGACCAGCUACAGACCAGUUACACCAACCUGACUGCAGAGAGAGACCAGCUACAGACCAGUUACGCCUCUGUGACCCAUCAGCUUCAGAAUCAGAAAGACUGUCUUCAGAAAUUCUCUAAUCUGGAGAAGGCAGCACAGCAGGGCUGGACAUUUUUCAUGACCAGUGUUUACUUCAUCUCUACUGGAGGGAAGAGCUGGAGUGAGAGCAGACAGGACUGCAGACAGAGAGGAGCAGACCUGGUGAUCAUAAACAACAGAGAAGAACAGAACUUUGUUGAAGUAUUGAGACGAGGACAGAGAGCUUGGAUUGGUCUGACCGACAGUGAGACAGAGGGGGUCUGGAAAUGGGUGGACGGCUCAUCACUGACCACCACGUUCUGGAGACCCAGUGAACCCAACAGUAAUGCAGGAGAUGAGGACUGUGUUGUAUUUGGCGAAGGGUCGGACCCUGUAAAGAACUGGGCUGACUAUCCCUGUAAUGACCGGUUUGUUGGGAUUUGUAAGAAAAGUAUUUUUAACUGAGAGGGUUUUAGAACGAAUUUCAGCAAAUACAAGGAAUAUCAGCAGUUUUUUUGGAUCUGCACAGGAAUUUGUAUCUGCUUGGUCACCCACAUGUGAGUGAAUAACAGCAUAUUUGUACAACCCCAAUUCCAAAAAAGUUGGGACGCAAUGCUAUGAUCUGCAAAUCUCAUAGACCCAUAUUUCAUUCAGAAUAGAACACAGAACGCAUAUCAGAUAUUUUACCAUUUCAUGAAAAAUAUUGUUGUUUAGAACUUCGUGGCAGUUGGGAAGGGGCAGCAACAGGCUGGAAAAGUAAGUGGAACUCAUAUGACUGGGAACAAAAGGAGCAUUUUUGAUUCUGUACUGGAAGUCACUGCAUGGACUUCCAGAAGUCACUGUCUGUGAACACAGCUCGUUGUGCAAUCCACAAAUGCAAGUUAAAGCUGUACCACACAAAGAAGACACCAUAUGUCAACAUGAUCCAGAAACACUGCCAUCUUCUCUGGCCAAAGCUCAUUGGAAAUGGACUGAGGCCAAAUGGAAAACUGUUUUGUGGUCAGAUGAACCAAAAUCUGAAAUUCUUUUUGGAAAACGAAGACGCUGUGUCCUGCAGACUCAAGAGGAGAGGGACCAUCCAGCUUGCUGUCAGCACACAAUUCAAAAGCCUGCAGCUGUGAUGGUAUAGGGUUGCAUUAGUGCCAUGGGCAGCUUACACAUCUGGAAAGGCACCAUCAAUGAUGACCAGUAUAUAGAGAUAUAUAUUUUAGAACAGCAUACUCCCAUCCAGACCUCGUCUCUUUCUCUCUCUCGAAGGCCUUGCAUAUUUCAGCAAGACAAUGCUUAACCACAUUCU